AUGGAUUUUGAUCACUUGCUUUACGCUUUGCUCUCUCUCAUUUCUCUUCUACUUGGCUACUCCUUUUUAUUUAAACCUCAUCGCUUAAACCUCCCACCAACUCCACUUUUUGGUCUUCCAUUCAUAGGUCAUCUUCAUCUUCUCAAACAUCCUGUCCACAAAACAUUACAAACCCUCUCCCAAAAGUAUGGCCAUGUCUUCUCUCUCAAAUUCGGUUCUCGUCUCGUCCUACUUGUAUCUUCUCCUUCAGCCGUCCAAGAAUGUUUCACAAAGAACGAUAUCAUUCUUGCAAACCGACCUUCUUUAAACUCCGGAAAGUACUUAUCAUACAACAAUACCACCAUGGCGGUGUCCCCUUAUGGUGAACAUUGGCGAAACCUCCGCCGAAUUUGUACUCUCGAGAUUUUCUCGACAACUCGUCUUAAUUCGUUCUCGAGAAUUCGAGAAGAGGAAGUCAAACGUUUACUAUGUAAAUUAUGUGGUAAUUAUAAGUUUGAAGAUGAGUUUAGGGUUGUGGAAUUGGAGUCAAUGUUGUUGGAUCUUACAUCCAAUAUUGUCAUGAGAAUGGUGGGUGGAAAGAAGUUUUGCAAAGAGAAUAAUAAAAAUAUUAAUGUGUUGGAAGAUGAGGGAUAUUGCAAAAGAUUAAAAGAGUUGGUGACACAAAUAAUGGCACAUGCUGGAUCAACAAAUCCAGGGGAUUUCAUACCUUUAUGGAAUUGGAUUGAUCCAAGUGGUUAUAAUAAAAGGAUAAUGAAGAUUGGAAGAAGAAUGGAUGAAGUUCUUCAAAGAUUAGUUGAUGAGAUUAGGAAUGAAGAAGAUGAAGGAAACACUAUGAUUCAACAUUUACUUCGUUUGCAGAAAACCGAUCCGAAAUAUUACAGUGACCUAAUUAUCAAAGGUCUCAUACAAGAUAUAUUAAUAGCAGGGAUUGACACAAGCGCUGUGACAUUACAAUGGGCACUGUCUCAUUUACUUAACAAUCCAAUCGUCUUAGAUAAGGCCAAAGCCGAAAUAGAUUCCUAUAUAGGACAAGAACGUAUGGUGAAUGAAGUCGAUUUAUCGAGUUUAAGUUACCUACAAGGAAUAAUCUCCGAGACUCUUCGGCUAAGUCCACCUGGUCCUUUACUCGUACCACAUUGUGCAUCUGAAGACUGCAAAAUAGGAGGUUAUGACGUUCCACGUAAUACAAUUGUAUUGAUUAAUGCUUGGGCUAUACAUCGAGAUCCAAAUGUAUGGGAAGAUGCUGGUAGUUUUAAGCCAGAAAGACAUGUAAAUGCGGUUGGAUUUGAGAACUCUUACAAAUUGUUGCCAUUUGGUUUGGGGAGGAGGGCAUGCCCCGGUAUGGCUAUGGCCCAACGCGUGGUUGGCUUGACAUUGGCAUCGUUGAUUCAAUGUUUUGAGUGGAAAAAAAUGAGUAAUUUGUUAGUUGAUAUGAGGGAAGGUGAAGGGCUCACAAUGCCUAAAGUUGAGUCAUUAGUGGCCAAGUGUAGGCCGCGUUUCAUUAUGAAAGUGGUACUUGGUGAAAAAAAUGGUCAUAAUUAA